AUGACGCAUUCGGCUGGCAGUCCAACAGGGGAGGUUGCCAUCGAGAUCCCAUCUAGACCCUCCAAUUUGAAGGAAGACGAACCUAAGCCUGCCAAGAAGCAGUCCGAAGACAAGCAUGAUGAGCGCAAAAAGGGUGCUCUAAAGGGGCAGCCGCCAGAGCCACCCCCUGCCCCCGUUGUCGCCGAUGCUGUCCCUGGAGGGGUGAUCUUACAGCCCCUUCCGCCCCACGAGCACGUCUGGAGCCGCCCGGUCCCCGACCCCAUCGCCUGGGUCUUUUGCGUAUUCCUCUUCCCGAUCGGCCUCCUUGCGCUUUUGCUCUGCCAGCAUCGACAUUGCGUCUUGUGCGGAGUGGUGAAAGAGGAGCGCACGUUCUGCGGCUGGGAUCCUGAUUAA